AUGGAUGAAUGUGCACAGGAACCGAUUGAGGACUUCAAGCUGGAACAAAGAGUGCUGUACAAGGACCAGCAUCUUGAAGAGUGGCUGUUUGACUUUGGGUUUGUUAUGCCUGGGUCAACCAACACGUGGCAGUCUGUCAUUGAAGCGGCGCCGCAGUCCCAGAUGAUGCCCGCCAGCGCCCUCAGCGGGAAUGUCGUGAUUGAGACAAAGUUUCUUGAUGGGGACGAACUCGUGAGCACUUCCCGCGUCCGCAUCUUCUACGUCUGAACACACACACACACACACACACACACACACACACACACACACACACACACACACACACACACACACAUCUCCACAUCCUGCUGUUGCUGCCUCUUUGUUGGUGCGCUUGCUUGCUGCCGACACAAUGUGUUAUAUUUGAUGCUUUUCUCUCUGGUGUCAGGGAACGCUUUGUCUGCUGUCUUGUUGCCGUUGUCACGUUCAUGCACAUGUGUUGCUGUUGUCUCGUGUUUCCGUCGUUCACUGUUUUGUGCGUCGCGGUGGCACGACUGUCAUAUGUACAGCAAGAAAACAGAA